UUUAACAGCAUUAUUGUGCAUCAAGGGCAGGCUGUUCAGGAGUAAACACUAGGACAGAGAGAGGCCCACAAUUCACUUUAUCCGGCAAAUACACUGGAGAGUAGGAAGAGUAUACCCAUGUCACACACUCUGUAUAUUACUGAGUGAAUGAAGGGAUGAAAUUUCACUGAACCUCUUCCAGGCAAUUAAAAAGACAACCUGUGACACCAGGCUUCACAAAUAGUUGCCCCAAAAAUAAGGCAAAUAGCAUAUGGAAUAACUUUGCAAAAAAACUCAAUUCUAGAAUCAUUAAUAUUAAUAAUAAAAAAAGACAAAGAGCAUCAUGGCAGAAAGUGAAGUGACUACAUUUAGUACUGUAGACUCAGGGAAUGCUUCGUAUGCAAUUGCUGAGCCUGAGACCAUAGGGAAUCAGACGAGUAUCCCUACAGGAACUCAGGUAGAGGCCUACUAUCUGUUCAUCACUGCUGGAGUGGGCCUAUGCUUCAACUUGGUGCUCAUUCUCAGCAUUUUUCUCAGCAGUAAAACCAGGAAAAUGACCAGUGCUUUUAUCAUUCAUGGAAUACUGCUGGACUUGGCCAAAUUAUACUACUGUGUGCCAUUUGCACUGAGCCUCCUCCAGAAACAAGUCCCAUCCCACUGCAAUAUCCUUGGUGCCUCCUUUGUGACACUUAUUAGCAUUUCUGCAUACAAUUUGGUUGCAAUGGUGGCAGCAGAGGCUUAUGCAUUUAGGGACGUCUUUGGUGACAGUGAGAAGGGGACAUUUUGUUGCGUGUUAUUUGGUGUACUGACUGUAUACAUAGCAAGUGUUAUCAUUCACCUUGGGCCAACUGUGAUUGGAGGAAACUUCCGUUACAACGAGGAAGUUGGCAACUGCAUUUACAGUAAAAAUGAACUGAAGAGCUAUGUUAGUUACAUAAUGUGGGUGGGUAUUAACUCCCUUGCAGUGCUUCUCGCCCUGUACUAUGCCAUUUUAUUGUACAGACAGAUACUGGCAAACAAGCCUCACAGGAUCAACACACUUGUACGACAAGCCAUCGCCCUUUCUAAAGAGCGUAUGCCAAAGCAAAACAUGAUCAAGAAAAUUGUGGAUGAAUCUUUAAGCAGGGUGCGUGUCAUGCUGGCUGUCAUCACAUGCUUUAUCAUAUGUUGGUACCCACUGUUUCUCCUCAACAUCUCAGAUCCUAACUUUACACAGGACAAAAGCAUUUACAAAAUUUUCACCAUCAUGGGAUACUCCAAUGGUGCCAUCACACCUAUUCUCUUCAUUAUAUUUGACAAGAACCUGAGCAUGAUACGAAGACUGUUCUGCUGUACAAAGUGUCGAGGAGAUGAUUAUGGAGGUGGUAGUAGUGGGGGUGGGGGUGGGGGCAGCGGAAGGGCAGGGAUGACACCCCUGAUGCAAACUCCAGGACCUAGCUUUCAGUCUCAAGUGCAAAUGUACCAGAGAGUUGGAUGUAGACUGUGUCGAGAAGGACAAAGUCAUCCUGAGGAACUAUGUAAUGGUGGCUAUCGUCACCAAGGUCGAGUAACACGCGACCCCUCUUUCUGUGACUAUGGUGAGCUCCAUGAAUACACCAGUGUCUGUUAAAAAGACACUAACGUGCUUUUAAAAAUUAUUUGCAUUUUUGAUGUGAAAAUCAAUAAGAUGUGAAGAGAAUGACAGAAAUUAAUUUCUAUUUUAUUUUCUCAGAAAAUUUUCUACAUUGUUUCAUUAUGAAUAGUAAUGUUGUGUUACUUUGUAUUAAAAUCAACAAAAAUCUGUAUUUUUGUAUAUCUGUGCCUCUGGGGAAAUACGGACAGUUAUUUUAUAACUGACCACACCAUCUGAAGAUACUUUUGUAACCUUAUAAUAUAUUGUAUUUAAAAAUGUUCGAGGAAACUAAGUUCCUUGUAUUGCUCAGAGCCACUUAUUUUGAUUCAUAUCUUUUUGAGCAUUUUUAGAUGACAGUUUAACAAAGUUUUACAAAGAACCAAAAUUUCCAAAACAACUUGAAUAAGCGUAACUUUAGUAGAGGAAUGUUACUCUGGUUUUUGUUUACUCUCUUGUUUACUUCACAUAUUCUGCAAUACUGGGGUUCCUAAAUGUCAGUCAAAUGUACUGUGCUAUCUUCCUCAUACAUCACUGCUUUCUUGUCAAUAAAAACUUGUAUGUUUGGGAAUGAGAUGUGCCCAAAGAAAUUGA